AAGUGAUAUGGCUGUUGAUGAUAUUCAAAUGUAUGAUGGAAAUUGUGAAGCUUUUGAAGGAAUUCUACACACUUGUGAUUAUCAAUCCAGCACAAUAUGUGGAUACAACCAAGAUGUAGAUGAUCAAUUAAACUGGUCUAGACAAAAAGGAGCGACUAGUUCCGCAUCAACUGGACCACAGAAUGAUCACACCUAUGGCACGCCAGAUGGAUACUACAUGUACUUAGAGACUUCUACUGGAGCACUAGGAUUUAAGGCCAGACUAGUUGGACCUGAACAACCAUCUGAGGAUGGGCACCAUUGUGUUGAAUUUUUCUAUCAUAUGUAUGGUGCAGAUAUUGGAAAAUUGACAGUUUAUCAACGUGCGGAGGAAAAAGGUGGAACUGAUGUAUGGAGAUGGCAAAUGGAUGGUAAUCAGGGUGAUAAAUGGAUGAUAGCAAGAGUCAAUUUUCCAUCUAUAUAUGAUUAUAGUGUGGUAUUUGAAGCAACUCGAGGAAGCAGUUUUGGUGGAGACAUUGCUAUUGAUGAUGUCACAAUAUUACAGAAAGCUUGCCCUUCUUUAUUGGACUGCACUUUUGAAGAUGAUCCAUGUGCAUGGAAUAAUUUACCUAAAGGAAUUGAUGAAUUUGACUGGAUUGAAAAUAGAGGUGAUACAUUAACAGGAGGGACUGGGCCAUCAGGCGACCAUACAACUGGCACUGGAUACUACAUGUUCAUUGAGACAAGCUCACCCCAAAAGCUUGGGGACAGAGCAAGAUUGCAAAGUCAACAAGUGAAUUCAUUCAGUGGAACAUAUUGUUUUAAGUUUUAUUUUAAUAUGAAUGGAGUCUCAGUUGGUGGAUUAAGGGUUUCUCAAGUUUUUAAAGAUUCUAACGACACUAUUUGGUUUUAUGGGAAUGAAAACCUUGGUGACCAGUGGACACUCGGAUCUGUACCAGUAACCGCAACUGAAACGUUUAUGCUUGUGGUUGAAGGUAUAGUUGGAUCAAGUAUAACAGGAGAUAUUGCUAUUGAUGAUUUUACAUGGACAUCUGGGACUUGUACUAUCCAACCAGCUGGUGCUGUCCCUCCACCUCCUACAACUCCUCCACCACUUUCCUUUGAUUGCAAUUUUGAUACUGAUCAAUGUGCAUGGGCAAAUGACAAAGCAGAUGAUUUUGAUUGGAUUCGUCGUACUGGUGGGACACCUUCAAAUCCUACUGGCCCUACUGCUGAUGUUUCUGGUUCUGGAUAUUACAUGUACAUAGAAUCAUCUAGUCCACAAACUUCAAACAAAAAAGCAAGACUCAAAGCUUCAUAUACUCAGACAGGACAACAGUGCAUUACCUUCUACCGACACAUGUAUGGUUCUUCAAUGGGAACACUGAAUGUUUAUCUACAGUAUGGUAGUUCACUGCCAUCAUCACCCUACUGGACGCGAUCUGGGAACACUGGAAAUCAGUGGAUUCCAACUAAUAUUACUGUGAAUCCUACUCAAGCUUUUACUAUUGUGUUCGAGGGUGUUGUUGGUUCAAGUUAUCUAAGUGACAUUGCUAUAGAUGAGAUCACAAUAUCAGAUGGACUGUGUGGUGUUCAACAACCUCAAGAUGGUUAUAUUUGCAUAUUUGAGUCAGAUCAAUGUGGCUAUACUAACGACCCAUCAGAUAAUUUUGACUGGACAUAUCAACAAGGUGGUACAACAUCAGGACAUAAAGGACCUGCUACAGACCACACAUUAGGCACAACUUCAGGAUACUAUUUUCUGAUGGAUGGUUCUGCUGGUCAAACAAGUGGACAAAAAGCUAAUUUGAUAUCAAAAUCAUAUUUGCUAAACCAUGCUGAUGCUUGUAUCGAGUUCUUUUAUCAUAUGUAUGGAAAUAGCCCUGCAACUUUCCAAGUUUUCUAUAAAUUAGAAACUUCAUCUGGAAAUGGACCUGAAAUAUUUUCUAAAACUGGGAAUCAAGGUAAUCAGUGGUUACCAGCUAGAGCGACAUUUACACCUGGUAUUGGUAUUGCUUUCAAUCUAAUAUUUGCUGCCACACAAGGAUCCGGACCAGAUUUUCACAUUGCCAUUGACGAUGUUGCUGUGGUCGGUGGUUCAUGUAGUGUUUUGGGAACAUGCUCAUUUGAAGCUGGUCUCUGUACAUGGACACAACUAACUGGAGAAGAUGACUUUGAUUGGUCUUGGAAUCAGGAUUCAACUCCUUCAUCAGGCACUGGGCCAGAUAAUGAUCACACAAAUGGUGAUUCCAGUGGAGCUUAUUUGUUUGUUGAAUCUUCCAUUCCAAGAGCAUUGGGAGACCGUGCUCGAAUUAUUAGUGAACAAUACCCUUCAACAACAGGAGAUUGCUUCACAUUCUUUUACCAUAUGUACGGGACAACAAUCGGAACUCUUAACGUACUCAUUAGAGAUGCUUCAGGGGUGGAUAAAGUAAUAUGGAGUUUGUCAGGGGAACAAGGUAAUUUGUGGAAGGAUGCUCAAGUCACUGUUGUAUCUUCAUCAAUUUAUUAUUUGAUUGUGGAAGGCGUCAUAGAUCAGCCUACUUAUGGAGACACAGCAAUAGAUGAUUUUACUAUAACUAUUGGUCAAUCAUGCACAAAAGGAUCAGUUUAUCCACCAGAAGCCUCACCUUUACCAGCAACAAAUCCUCCGACAACUAUUGCUCCUGGCACACCAGACAUACCAGGCUUCACAUGUAAUUUUGAACAGAAGAAUAUGUGUGGAUGGACAAAUGCACAAACUGAUGAUUUUGAUUGGGCAGUUCAAGAAUCUGGAUCUGGAUUGCUUAAUACUGGACCUCAAGGAGACCACUCAACAGGAACUGGUAAAUACCUCUGGGCACUUGGAAAUGGAAAACAGCAUUUUGAUACGGCACAUGUGAUCAGUCCUACCAUUGUUACUAUUGGUAAUGGACAAAGAUGUAUGGAAUUUUUUUACUCAAUGCAUGGAUCCAAUAUAGAAAAUCUAUAUGUCUUCUUCAUGGAAGAAGGAAUACGAUACAACGUGUGGACAAGAGAUAGUGAUCAAGGAAUUGACUGGCAUAGGGCUCGUGUAAAUCUUCCAACUGAUUUAAACACACCAUCUGUUGAUGAGGUUCAUAUUGAAGCAGUUCGUGGUAUUGAUGAUAAAUCUGGUGUUGGAAUUGAUGAUAUUUAUAUUCAUAAUGGAACUUGUGAUGAUUAUGAUAUUUGCUGGGACACAUCUGAAAGCACUAACAUGGUAUGGGGUUUGAUUCCCGGCCCAAGACAACAAAAUCCACCAGAUACAUUUUACUUUGGAGAAUACGGAGAUGACUAUUAUCGAUGUGCAGAAGCUUGUUCAAAGACUGAAGGAUGUGUCGCAUGGACACUACAUAUGACAGAAUUUCAUUCAAGUUAUGCAGGACAAUGUUAUGGCAGGAGCGAUUUCUCUGAUACAAAAGUUGAUGAGACUUAUGUAACCAGUGGAACACUAAAAGACUGUGAUCAAAAAUUGCCAUAUGGAAGGACAUGCCAAUUUGAUGACAAAACGAUAUGUGGUUUCACCCAAAAUACUGAUGAUGAUUUCGAAUGGACAAGAACUUACUCUGGAACUGGUGGAACAGGAACUGGGCCAACAUUUGAUCACACAUAUGGAACAAUAUAUGGACUCUACAUGUACAUUGAGACAUAUUUCAAAGCACCUGGAGAUAUUGCAAGAAUUACAUCACCUGUGUUUCUACCUCCUUCAAAUGGUGGUGAAACAUGUGCUCAUUUCCAUUAUCAUAUGUAUGGUGCUCAUAUCGGUCGCUUGAAUGUAUACAUCAAAGAUGAAUUUGGCAGUAUAACAACCCCGGCUUGGUCAAGAUCUGCUCAAAAAGACAAUGAAUGGUUACCAGCACAUGUGCCAAUAAAUCCUCUGGGAAAACGAUAUCAGAUUGUAUUUGAGGGUAUUGUGGGACAAGCUUAUGAUGGUGAUAUUGCCAUUGACGACUUUGGAAUUGAAGAAAAUUCCUGUGGUUCUCCGGGAGAUUGUGAUUUCUCUGAGCACUGCACCUGGCAUAAUACUAAAUUAAAUGAUGAUUUCCAAUGGAUUCAAGGUGCAGGAAAAUCGAGUUCAAGUUCAAAUAGUGGACCUACAGCAGACCACACAACUGGAGAUGCUACUGGUCGAUAUUAUUUUGUUGAGACAAGUUAUCCGAGAACAGCAGGAGAUAAAGCUCGAUAUGUAUCAGAAUGGUUUGGUCAAACAACAUAUAGCGGAAGAUGUAUGAAUUUUUAUUAUCAUAUGUUGGGAAAUGGAAUGGGAACAUUGAGAGUUUACAUGCAGCAGCCGACACUAGAUGGAACUAAAACCACUGUAAUGUUAUUGUGGCAACUUAGUGGUGAUCAAGGCUCUGGAUGGCAAACUGGAAGAUUACAUGUCAGAAGUACCGACAGGGAAUAUAGGGUCGUAUUCGAAGCCGAACUUGGUAGUUCAAUCAAUUCUGAUAUUGCAAUCGAUGAUGUCAGUUUCAUUUCUGGUUCUUGCUCUGUGCUUCCACCUAUUGCUGAACAACCAACACCCACUGCGCCACCUACCGAUUUUCCAAUAGGAAGUACAUUGCCAACAUCAGAAUCAUCCCCAGCGGAUUGUACAUUCGAAUCUGGCUUUUGCCAAUGGAAUGAACCUCAACCUGGUUCUGUUCCAUGGUCGAGAGUCUCUGGAAGCUCUCAAGCAUCACCUACUGCCCCAAAUGUUGAUGUCACAACUGGGACAAGUUCUGGAUACUAUUUGUACAUGUAUGCUGAUCCAGGAUUAUAUGGAUUUGGUGGUCAAAUAUACAGUCCACUUAUUGAUUUAUCUGCAGUACCACACUGCUUAACAUUCUGGUUCAGAAUGUAUGGAACACCUAAUAACAGACUUAGAGUACGAAUUGCACCAACGGUUACAGUGAACAGUGGCCAACUAUUAUGGUCACGUCAGAAUAGUGAUGUUUUAGAUCCUAGUUGGUACAGACAACAAAUUACAAUUCAACCGAUCACUCCUUCUCAGUACAUUAGCUUUCAAGGAAAUGUAUAUGGCGACAUUGCUAUUGAUGAUGUUCGACUUACAACUGGUGAAUGUUCUUACCAUGAACUUAACCACUGUGACUUUGAGGAUGAAUCUUUAUGUUCUGCUAAAAAUGAUCCGACAAAUCUUCAUGAUUGGCAGCUUGGAAGUGGCCAUAAUUUAGUAUCUUAUUCGAAAGCUCCGCAAACAGAUCAUUCACUUGAUACAUCUAUUGGAAAUUACAUGUAUAUGGCUGCAUUGCAAGGAUAUACAUCUGGUGAAAGAAUAAGAUUUUUCCUUCAAACGGCACCUCCAACCACUGGACAAUGCUUGGAAUUUUGGUAUUACAUGCAUGGCAGUUUUGUUGGUAUAUUAUAUGUGUAUCUCCAACGAGAUUCAAACUUAGGUGCUCCAAUUUGGGGAAUGACUGGUGACCAGGGAGAUGUAUGGAAUGUGGCUCAAGUGUCUGUUAGCAGUGUCAGCUACUUUGAGGUGGCAUUUGAAGGAGUUGUUGGUGGAUCACAAAGUGACACUAAUCCUGACAUCAUUGCCUUUGAUGAUAUUUUAUUGCGGAAUGGAGCAUGUCCAAUACAAGGAAAUUGUGAUUUUGAAAAUGGAGCCUGUACAUGGAAAAACAAUGCUGUUGGAUCACCUGCUUCUGGAAUUGAUCCAGCUGAUUAUGAUUGGCUCAUUGGACAGGGACCACCACGUUAUUCUAGUGAUGGACCCGAUAUUGAUCACACAUAUGGAACCACUCUGGGUCAUUAUUUAUAUUUUGGACACUCUCAACCUCACUCAGAUGGUGAGGUGGCACAGAUGUAUUCAGCAACAUUGCCAUCAAAUCAUGCUCAUUGUGUGAGAUUUUAUUACCAUAUGAAUGGAGUUGAUACAGGAGCAUUGAAUGUAUAUAUCAGUGAGCACACUGGCAUACUUUUUAAUCUCAACAUAAAAUGGAGUUUGUCUGGGGACCAAGGAGAUUUCUGGAGAGAAGGAUCGGUACCAUUGUCAGAUAUGGCCAACUCUUAUAAGAUUGUCUUUGAAUAUGUUUUGACAUCUGGAUUUAAUGGACAUGCCGCCAUUGAUGACAUUCAAUUUCUGCAAUUUUCUUGCACUGUUCAACCAACGGAAGCAGGAGAUGGUAUAUAUACCACACCAAAACCUGCUACAACUCUUGCAACAACAAGAGCACCAAUACCAGCAGGACCAUUCAAUUGUGAUUUUGAGUCAGGUCUUUGUCAGUACACACAGUCCAAGCAAGAUGUCUUUGAUUGGACUCGUGAUGCAGGAGGAACAGCAUCUCUAGAUACUGGUCCACCAUUUGAUCACACACUUGGUACUGCAGCUGGUUAUUAUAUGUACAUUGAGGCAUCAACAACUUUAACAGGAGAUACUGCAAAACUUGUGAGUGGAAUGGGACCAUCAACAAGAGGAUCUUGCCUACAUUUCUGGUACCAUGCUUAUGGACGGGAUGUUGACACAUUGUCUGUGUAUCUGAAAAAAUCAACAGACACCAACAAUGGUACAAUAAUAUGGAAGCACACUGGCACACUUGCUAAUGUUUGGUUUCCAGCUAUUGUCGAUAUCAUUAGUGAUGUGAAUUAUCAGAUCAUUUUUGAAGGAACUCGAGGUGUAUCAUACUAUGGGGAUAUUGCUAUUGAUGAUAUUGAGAUGGUACUUGGCUUAUGUCCUCCACCCAAAGAUGCUGAGUUAUAUUGCACAUUUGAAGAUGAUCUUGCAUGUGGUUGGACUCAGGAUCAAGAUGAUGACUUCAAUUGGGUACAAACAUCUGGAGGUACAAGCAGUGUUGACACAGGUCCAACAUAUGAUCAUACAUAUGGCACAACAUAUGGUAGAUAUAUGUAUAUAGAGGCAUCUUCUCCACAAGUUGAAGGUGAUCUUGCUCGAAUGACAAGUCGUGUAUAUACUCAAUCAAGCAACAGUGGUGGAGGAGCUGAAUGCAUUACAUUUUACUAUCAUAUGUAUGGAGAGCAUGUGGGAACAUUGCGCCUGUAUGAACUAUUGACACCAGGAGCUGCACUAGGAACACCAAUUUGGUCAAUGACUGGGGAUCAAGGCAAUGGAUGGCGUGUGGCGCAGGUGAAUUUCUUGAAUCCUGGCUCUUACCAAUUGGUAUUUGAGGGAGAAGUUGGGUACUCAUUCUACGGUGAUAUGGCACUUGAUGAUAUAAUUAUAACAACUGGAACAUGUGAAUCAAUUGCUUCAUGUACUUUCGAAAAGGGUUUGUGUACCUUUGUCAAUGAUCGAGAAUAUGAUGGAAUGGAUUGGUUACUGGGUUCUGGAUCAGCAGUUGAUCCAUUAGCUGCACCUCCUAUUGAUCAUACUUAUGGAACUGAUAUGGGCCACUAUCUUUAUAUCUACUCACCCAAAGACCCGUACUACCAAUCUGCAUGGCUUAAUUCUACAAUGCUGGUACCAACUUAUGGAACAGGAUGCUUGAGUUUUUGGUAUUACUUGGCUGGAGAUCAGGUCGGGACAUUGAGUGUAUAUGUCGACCAAGGAAUACCAGGAACACAUGAUUCGUAUGACGGAACAAAGUUUUAUGAAAUGUGGCAACAGUAUUUUAAACCUUCUAAUGGAUGGAAAAAUGCACAGAUGACACUGGCUAGUAGUAUUGAGUGGCGUUACAUUAUAGAGGGAACAACAUCAUAUCAGAUUGGAACUAUGAUGGCAAUUGAUGAUGUUAAAUUUACUGACAACACCAAGUGUGAUUUAAUGCCUGAAGAUGCUUAUCCUACAGGAUAUGCUCUGGGAUUAAUUGAUUGCCCCUUUUAUUCUGGAUCAAUUUGCAGUUGGAAACAAAGUUCAGAUGAUGAUUUCAACUGGACUCUGAGGAAAGGAUCAACAACUAGUGAUAGCACAGGACCAUCUGGUGAUCAUACAACAGGAGAUGAUUAUUAUCUGUAUAUUGAAGCAUCUUCACCCAGAGUACAGGGUGACAGAGCUCUGAUAUAUUCUUCAUGGGUUCCACCGAUGUCAACUGGUGGUUGUUUAACAUUCUGGUACCAUAUGUAUGGAUAUGCUAUCGAUAACCUGAAUGUGUACCUGGAGUAUAGCUCUGGAGAAAUUUUUCACAUUUGGAACAGAGAAGGACAACAAGCAAAUUACUGGCUGGAAGGGAAACGAUCUUUGGAAACCUAUAGUCCAACUAGAUUAUGGUUUGAAGGAAUUGUCGGUGAAAAAGUUUCUGGAGAUAUAGCAAUUGAUGACAUUUCACUUGUUACUGGGAGGUGUCCUCCAGAUGGCACUUGCACUUUUAAUGCUGAUUUUUGUCACUGGACUCAAGAUUUAGCUGAUGAUUUUCAAUGGAGCAGAGAUAGAAAUGGAACUUCUUCAUCUGGCACUGGACCACCACAUGAUCAUACUACUGGAACUGAAAAUGGAUACUAUGCAUUCAUUGAAACAUCAUUACCUCGAGUACAAGGAGAGAAAGCUCGUCUCAUUAGUGAAGUGUAUCCAGCUGGAAGUCGUCAUUGUCUUGGAUUCUGGUACCACAUGUAUGGCUCUUAUAUUGGAUCAUUGACUGUGUAUGUCAAACCUGUUUCUCAAGCUCUAUCAGUAGCACAUAUAGUAUGGAAGAAAACUGGUGCACAAGGAAAUUUAUGGAGAUAUUCUUCUGUGUCUGCUACAAUGUUACAGGAUGACUACCAGGUCAUCAUCGAGGGCGAAGUUGGAGCUAGUUGGUCAGGGGAUAUUGCAAUUGAUGAUGUUAAAAAUGAUAUUGGUGAAUGUUCUCCACAAGGUGUUUGUACGUUUGAAGAAGGCCUUUGUACUUGGACUAAUGUGAGAGAUCCAGUUUAUGAUCAAUUUGAUUGGCUGAGAAACACUGGGAAAACAGGAAGUGUCGGAACUGGUCCAAUUGUUGAUCAUACGUCUGGAACAAAUGGAGGAUAUUACAUCUAUAUUGAAACCAGUCCAACUCAUUCACUAGAAGGAGAUAAAGCUUGGUUGAUGAGUGAAGUAUAUGAAGCAACAGAUAAAAUGUGUUUGACAUUCUGGUAUCAUAUGUUUGGUGAAAGAGUUGCUGACCUCAGUGUUUACAUUGCACAUGAUACUCAGAAUACAUUACAUUUGCAAGGACCAAUUUGGCAUAUGUUUGGUGUUCAAGGUGACUAUUGGUUACCAGCCGCUGUAAAUGUCUCUUCAACACAGAGAUUUUUCAUUAUAUUUGAAGCAAUUACUGGAGAUGAUGGUUACACUGGUGAUAUUGCACUAGAUGAUAUUGCUGUAAUACUAUCGAAAUGUGAAGCACUGCCAUCUCCAACUUUGCCACCUAUUAACAACCCCACACCUCCACCUACACCAUGGGAUUGUGAUUUUGAAGAUGGAAUAUUAUGUGACUGGUCAAAUGAUGCUGCUAAUGCAAUGAACUGGACAAGAUGGCAAGGAAAUUCACCUGGAUUAAAUGCUGGCCCUCAUACUGAUCACACAACCCUUAGUACUGCGGGUCAUUAUGUUUAUAUUGAUGUAUCUAUUGUGGGUCAAGACCAACCAGGAGAUGCAUUAUUUAGAGGGCCAGAUGUUACAGCAUAUGAUGCUUCAGGAGCUUGUCUGACAUUCUGGUAUUUUAUGUAUGGGCCUAAGGUUAAUUCUUUGCGAAUAUUUGUUGAACAAAGGGAUGCUGUGACUGGUACUGUUUGGGUGAGAUCUGGAACAAGAGAACAAAAAUGGCAUCAUGGGCAGGUUCACAUUCGUCGUGCUGGUGUAUGGAACGCAGUAUUCAAAGCAUCUCGACAAGAUGGUAUGGCUGGGGAAAUAGCAUUAGAUGACAUCAAAUUCAUUGUUGGUGCUUGUCCUGCUACAACUAAAUGUGAUUUUGAAGACAACAUGUGUGGAUUUGAAGAUGAUCCAGCAAGUGAUUUUACUUGGACAAGGCGCAAGGGUCCUACACCUACUGCUGGCACAGGUCCACCUGUUGAUCACACCACAUACACAACCUCUGGUUAUUAUUUGUACGUUGAAUCCACUAACCAGAAAUCAAGUGAUACAGCUCGAAUUGCUAGUGCUCUCAGACCUGCCAGUCCUAAUGGAGCCUGCGUUUUCUUCUGGUAUCAUAUGCAUGGCAGUGGAGUAGGAACAUUGAGAUUGUUGUAUGAUGAUGGAGUUGAACACUCACGAUAUACUGUUUAUGGAAAUCAAAGUGUGGAAUGGAAAAGAGGAUCAAUGGAAGUUAUUACAACAAAUCCAUGGCAGAUCAUUUUUGAAGCAAUCAUUGGCUCACCAGAUCAGAGUGAUAUUGCUAUUGAUGAUAUUGAAGUAACAGAAAACACAGAUUGUCUUUACCCUGGGAUAGCUGAUUUCGAAUCAGGUAUAGGUGGAUGGGUUAAUACACAAUCAGAUGAUUUUGACUGGGUUCUGACCAGUGGAAGUACACCAACGAUUAAUACUGGACCUUCUGGUGACCAUUCAACUGGAAAAGGUGGCUAUGCAUACAUUGAAGCAUCAUAUCGCAGCCCUGGAGAUAAGGCUCAGUUAAUAAGUGAAGAUUUUAUACAUUGGAACUCAGAUAUUACUGAUGAUCAUUGUGUUAACUUCUGGUAUCAUAUGUAUGGCUCAUCUGUUGGAACAUUGAGACUCGUCAUGAUGUAUGGAUCUGAAAUGGGAUACAGUAACUCUUUGUGGAAUGCAACUGGCAGUCAAGGCAAUGCUUGGCAAUCUCAACAAAUUCAAAUCAACACAUAUGGAACAUUCUAUUUGAUAUUUGAAGGAGAAGUGGGUCUCGGAGAAGAAGGCGAUAUUGCUAUUGAUGAUAUACUUAUAAGAAGAGGCCAAUGUGUAACAUCAAGUCCACCAACAACUAGUACAUGUGGAGCUGGCGAUACAACAACAAUUUCCAGUACUCAAGUUUGUGACUUUGUGCAAGAUUGUGCAAACAACUAUGACGAAGGAACUUGUGGUGCUUGUGAUUUUGAAACUGGUCAGUGUGGAUGGAUUAGUCUUACUUCAGGAAGCUAUGUGUGGAAUCGAGAUAAUGGAGGAACAUCAAGUAUAGUUUCCGGACCAUCUGUCGAUCACACUGUUGGAACAUCUCUUGGCUACUAUAUGGCCGUUGAAGCAUCAAAUGGAGGUCGUGGUAGUGAAGCAGUUAUGUUAACACCAGCUUUACAGCAAUCUAAAGAUACUUGUCAGUUGAUUUUCUGGUUCCACAUGAAAGGUCGUGGUUUCACAGAAACUCUUCUGAAUCCUAACCCUGGAAAAUUAUCAGUAUUUUUGACAUUGACAACUGUUGGUCGUACCUUCCCAGUGUGGGAGCACAGUCAAGAUGAGGGUGAUAUCUGGAUACAAGGAAAUGUUUUUAUAGGACGUGUAACUCAACCUUUCUUGCUCUCAUUUGUUGGAACUCGUAGUGCGAGUGGACCUAGCGAUUUAGCAGUUGAUGAUAUCUCAUAUACUGGAUGUGCAUUGCCGAUACCACAGACAUCUUGUUCAUCAGAUGAAUACAGAUGUGGCAAUGGAGCUUGUAUACCAAGUGCAUAUGUUUGUGAUUUAACUGAUAAUUGUGGUGAUGGAACAGAUGAGUCAUCUUGCAGUCAAUACACAACUUGUGAUUUUGAACAAGAUUUUUGCACAGGUUAUAAUUCUGGGGAUGGUGAUUUUGACUGGGAAUGGAGAUCUGCUGAUCAGACUCAUACAACAGGGACUGGGCCAAGCAGAGAUCACACAACCAAUACAGAUACAGGAUAUUUUCUGUACAUGAAUGCUGCACGUCCGAAUUAUCCGGACGAUACAGCAGUUUUUACAUUCCCACCAAUUCAAGCAACUGUAACUCUACCUUACUGUGUAAUGACUUUCUAUUACCACAUGAUUGGAAGACAUGUUGGAGAAUUGACAUUUUACAAACGAACAAGGGUUGGAGGGCCAUGGAUAAAAGUCUGGUACAGAAAAGAAGCUCUUGAACAAGACUACUUUGCAAGAAGGGAAAUCACACUAGCGGAUGCUGAAAAUUUUCAGGUUAUGAUUGAAGGAAAAGUUGGAAACGGACACGAAGGAGACAUUGCAAUUGAUGAUAUUGUUUUCAGUCCUGGAUGUGUAUUUAUUGGUGGAUCACUACCAGCAGGGACAACACCACCUCCAACUCCUUCACCAUGUGACGUUGGUGAAGCUGUUUGUGAUGACAGAUCAACAUGCAUUGCAUUAUCCAAGGUUUGUGAUUACAUAGCUGACUGCCCUUCUGGACUAGGUGAUGAAAAUCAAUGUGCAACAUGUACUUUUGAAGAGAAUACUUGUGGUUGGACUGAUAUUAGCUCUGGUACUUGGGCUUGGUUGAGAGAAGAAGCUUUGCACGUCAUAGACCCACAAGGACCACAGGUUGACCACACAACAAGUACACCACAAGGCAAGAUAUUUGUGAAUCGAGGAAUACAUUAUAUAUUCAAGAUAUUUUUCUUAAUUUCAUUACAUGCAGUGUAG